AUGAAUUCACAACAAUAUCGGAACGCGUCUUCGGCGACUGAUCGCAGGAGUGCCACCGCUUCGGCGGGGCCAAUGCGGGUCACCUCGUCAAGGUCUGGCCGGUACACACAAAACAGCCACAGGGAGAAUGGAAUUGACGAGGAUGAGGAGCCCGACUACAGGAAUGAUUCGGAAGAUGAAAGGCCACACUUGAAGCCAGGCAAGAGGGCCACCACGUCGGAGCGCAGACGCGAAAAGACCACUACCACAACCACGGAGACCUACCUCUCUCGGCGGAGUCCUCUGAAGGAAGCGUUUGGUACCGCAAAUCGUGGUGCGACCGAUCGACGACCCAAGAGCACAGAUGCGCCGAAGUUAUACAGUCAGCCCGCCGAACCAGAGAAGCCAUCAUGGAAUCCUGUCGCGACACUCAUACCGCACUCCUCAGCGCCGCUGGCUGCACGCAUAUCGCGGCCGCAACUUGCAAAAAAUGCUCCGGACGAGUUGCAGACCGCCUCGUUCUUAGGCAUGCCCAAGGAAGAACAAGAGAGAGCAUUGGUCGACGAUUUGCUGUAUGUGUUCAUGGGCUAUGAGGGCGAAUACAUUCACUUUGAUGAAAAACACGACCCCGACGAUGAGAAAGAUCGAUUGACUGGACCAACGUUUCACGCUCUGCCAGGUCUAGACCCGAGCCUCAGAGAUCUGACCUCGUCAAUGCUCACGAUGGCCACGCACUACUGCGCAAUGGACGCCUUUGUCGAGGUCCAAAGCCGAGAGGAGUACGGCUCCGUCAAUCAUGCGCUGUGUGCCUCAAUACGGAAGCUUCUCAAGGACUACCUCAUCCUCGUAGCGCAGCUAGAAACAAAGGUGCUGACCGAUGACACCUUCACAUUGCAUCAAAUGCACUUGUCUGUGAUACCCACCGCGCAAAGUCUGGCCUCGAUCUACGCCAUGGCGCAGGAGCUUCUGAAGAAGAAUUCUUUGCUCGAAGAAGAUCUUGAAGAUUCGAUGGACGACUUCGACGCGGACAACAUCAUCGAACGACUGCGCGAAGGCGGAGAUCUGCUUCCUGGAAGUAUGAGCAAGAAACGUUGUCUAGGAGGCAAUGUACUGGCUCUGCUUAGCAGGCGGCUGGCAACAUAUUCUGGCGACCCCGCCGCCAAGUCCAUACUCGAGGUGCUGCUAAGGGACGCCGGGAAGCCCAUCAAACGGGAGCGUCUUGAGGAGGACUACACAGAUGAGUAUUGGGACAAGAGAUAUUACAUCCGGGAUAAGGAGAUCCCUCCACAACUUGAGCAUCUGAAGGAUAAGGUGCUGCUUGCAGGCAAGUACCUCAACGUUGUUCGCGAAUGUGGUGGUGUCAAUGUUGCUAGUCCCAUCAUCGACAUCCCGACCACUUUCGAUGAUCCGAGGUUUCUGGACAACAUCAAUCAUGCUUAUUCCUUCGCCAACAAAGAGCUUAUGACGUUGCUGCUCACCAAGAAUUCGCUAAGAAGCCGCCUCCGUUCGAUGAAACACUACUUCUUCCUCGAUAGGGGCGAGUUCUUUCUAUACUUUCUUGAACUCAGUGCCUCCGAAUUGCGCAAAAAGCAGUCGACUGUCAACGAGGCGAAACUUCAAUCCUUAUUCGAGCUGGUGGUGAAUCAGCCUGGCAGCAUCGCCGUCGCUGAUCCCUUCAAGGAAGAUGUUCGGGUCAGAAUGAACGAGAUCGGACUGACGCAAUGGCUGAUGAAGAUCGUCAAUGUGCAAGGCAUAGAUCAAGAGAAUCCGGAGUCAAUGAUCGAGCAGCAAAAAACACCUGCAGCAGCAAUGAAGAAGGACGAGAAGGACAUCACCGGUUUCGAAGCGCUCGAGCUGGACUAUAAAGUGCCCUUCCCGCUCUCCUUGAUAAUUAGCAGGAAGACUGUCUUGCGCUAUCAGCUCAUCUUCCGGUAUACGCUUGCUUUGCGACACCUGGAAGCAUUGCUUGUCGAUUGUUGGUCGGAUCAUAGCAAGGUGGGAGCUUGGACCCGGCGAACAUCUGACAACCGCAUUGAAUACUGGAAGCGGCGAGCAUGGACGCUCAGAGCAAGGAUGCUAGUCUUCGUACAACAAAUGCUUUUCUACGCAACGGCUGAAGUUAUUGAGCCGAACUAUCAGAAGUUGAUGACCAAGGUGGACGAUGCUGAGUUCGGCGACCAGAACGAAGAGCGACCACGAUCUCAAUUAAAGCCGCGUACUAAGCGUACCGUGGACGAGCUCAUGCAAGAUCAUCUUGACAUGCUGGACUCGUGCAUGAAAGAUCUUGGACUGACUCAAGGCAAAUUACUUCGCAUCCAUGAAAAGCUCAUGGUGGGUUGCACGAUGUUCGCCUCUUACACAGCGAGAUUCACCCGAGACCUGAAUGCUGCAGAUGAUGACGGGUCGUCUGAUGCAAGCGACGGCAAGAAUGGUGCAGCAGCAUCCAACGACGAGCAGAAGCAGAAGAAGAUUGCCGACCUGGAGGAGCACCUGAGGAGGUUUGAGAACCAUUUCAAUAGGCAUCUCAAGAUCUUGAUCGACAGUCUGAAUUACUAUGCGGCGACUGAGACGGUGGUGCUGCUUGGUCUUUGCGCGAGGCUGCAGUAUGCCGAAGUUCAGAAAAGAGAUGAUCUGUUGGUAUGA